AUGGACCGAGUGGCGUAUCGGACGCUGGGCGCGCGUGGCCUGCAUACGUCGCGCGCGCUGUGUGCUCCUGGCAGCUCUGCGGCGCGUGCUGCGGUGCCUGGCUCGCGCCUGGAAGCGAUGCGCGCGCGCCUGGCCGAGGACUCGACGAUCACCAUCGACGACUUUGCCGAGACGAAACGCGCCGAGCGCAUCCAGCUGGGCCGCAUCAACGACAUGCGCCUGCCGUCGUACAUGAAGACAAACAUUCCCAAAGGCGCCAACUUUGGGCGCAUCAAGCGCGACCUGCGCGGCCUGGGACUGUCGACCGUGUGCGAAGAGGCGCGGUGCCCCAACAUUGGCGAAUGCUGGGGCGGCGAGGGCGGCAAGGAAAAUGCGACGGCCACCAUCAUGCUCAUGGGCGACACCUGCACGCGUGCGUGCCGAUUCUGUGCAGUCAAGACGAGCCGUGCGCCCGCGCCGCUUGAUCCCCACGAGCCGGAAAACACGGCAGAGGCGAUCUCGCGCUGGGGCCUCGGCUACAUUGUGCUUACGUCGGUCGACCGCGACGAUAUCGCAGACGGAGGCGCGGCGCACAUUGCACAGACCGUGUCCAAGAUCAAGCAAAAGGCGCCGCACAUCCUCGUCGAGGCACUCGUGCCCGACUUUGCGGGCGACGAGGCGUGCGUGCGCCACGUCGCGACAAGCGGCCUCGACGUGUACGCGCACAAUGUCGAGACCGUGGAGCGCACGACGCCGUUUGUGCGUGACCGCCGCGCAAAGUACCGGCAGAGUCUCCAGAUGCUCGCGCACGCCAAAGAGGCGCGGCCGGACCUGGUGACCAAGACGUCGAUCAUGCUCGGCUGCGGCGAGGCGCCGCACGAGGUCGAGCAGACGCUGCGCGACCUGCGCGAGGCCAACGUCGACGUCGUGACCUUUGGCCAGUACAUGCGGCCGACCAAGCGGCACAUGAAGGUGUCGGACUACGUCACGCCCGAGCAGUUUGCCGAGUGGCAGCGCAAGGCCGAGGCGAUGGGCUUCUUGUACGUUGCGAGCGGGCCGCUCGUGCGCAGCAGUUACAAGGCCGGCGAGUUCUUUAUCAAAAACGUGAUCGAGAACCGCCGCGCGGCGGGGACGCCGAUCGAGGCGCGCGCACAGGAUGCGCUGGCGCACCAGACAGUGUAG